AUGGAUCUCUCUAAUCAACAAAGGUUACAACUACAAAGAAGCAAUGCUCACCUUGAUGCCUACUCUGGUGUGACAACGGUUUGGCUGCUAUCGACCUUAGGGGGAUCGCGUAAUACAAAAGCCGUUGGUGUGAAUAAAAGGGAUAUUAUGUCGCUGUCUAUUCCAAAAACUUGCGAAGUGUUAUUACAAAAGAAAUCUGACUACACCCUGCGCUCAGCGUCCAAUUUGCUUUACGGGGUUACGGUAUGCUAUGGACGAAAGACUGAUUAUGUAUUGGCCGAUAUAGUCAGCGUCAAAUCCCAACUGCAGCGCCAGCUUCUGGAGACGGUAGAUAGACGCGGGCGAAUUUUGGCCCAGAACGCGACACCCACCACGAUCUUCGAUGGCGUGAACGAAUACCGAAGCCUUCUGGAGUUUCAAAAAUUCCAGUCUGCCUUUCAUCAACAACGGAGAUCCAGUGCUGCCUUGCUUGUUGAUGAUCCCUUGUUCGAUAUUAAUCAAACUCGCGAUAUUUCUUUCCUUUUAGGAAAGGGACACGAAACGAAUAACUCCGCCAGUUCAAUACACCAACGUGAUAUUAUGGAUGAAUUGAAGAAUGGCUACAGUCAUGAAACUGGAGCGCACGCACCAUUUUUCGAGAAGCAACGCUUAUAUGCAGACCACGAAGAUUUAUCAGCUCUAAACGCUGACAUUCAUCUUGAUUUCGAUGAUGUUAUGAGCGAUGUUGAAAUGGGCUCUGCAAAAUCCUCGGAUGGAAGAAAUUCUGAGCGCGGUGAUCGAGCGGGUUUUGAACUCAGCUUUGAUACUGGACAUAUAGAGCCCUCUGAAAACAUUGAAGUACCUGACCUCGAUAUACAGCUCCUGGGGGCAGCGGAUGUUGACGGAAACACCAAAAGAGUAUAUCCCGCUACAGAUCUUGAAAAGGAUGUCAUCGUCAAAAAAAAAUCUAAGAGUGCUUUUAGCAGCGGCUCCUUAGUGAGGCUAAAGCUUGAUGAUAGAAUAGGCCUGCCAACUGAGACGCUGCGAGAAAAUAAUGAGCACUACUGUGAUGUUAUGGAUGCCCAGGCGCACCCCCGGAUUAAAACGCACAGAAAAAGCACACACGAAGAAAACUGGCGAGAAGUUGUUUUCGGUCAAGGGCAAUCACCUUUUCUUCGCUUUUGCUUUGAAGAGGUACUUUUGAAACCAGCCUUACAAAAUCCUCAAGAUACCAGCAGUUCUAGCAUUGACUUCAUUGAAAGAGGUCGACAAAAAAUGCGUUCACUUCCAUCUUCGAGAUCAAGUAGCAGCGCUAUGAGCACCGAGCGCGGAAGAAAACAAGGGCCUGCAGAUUUAUCAAAGGUAGGAAGUGGUAGUGGAAAUAAUCUCUUCGAUUUGCCAGAACUUGAACAAAUUGAUGAGGACCUGGAAGCCAGAUACUACUCGGAUGAUCUUGACAAUGAUAUCAUGAAAAUAGAUUUACACUUGCCCCCUUCUAGCUUUGGAAGAAGCUCAAGUAAAACCGAUGGCGGGACAAAAGAUCACAUUGACGAGCUCCGCCAUGUGCACACGGAAAGGAGACUUAACAGAGAUGGGACGCUCCAAAGCAUAGAGGACUACAGGGACGGCUCCAACCAAUCUGAACAGCAUAAUAAAAGUAAAGAGAAGCAAAUUCAAAGCCAAGCACUGGAUAACCAGAGCAGGAGACUUUUUGAAUACGUUCUCGAGCGAGCCUCUAUUGUAGGAAAAACAACACGGACCCAUCCACCGUUUGAAAGAAAACUGCUUUUCGAGGAUUUAAUUCCAAGUAAUAUCAGCCGUAAACAUCCGGACUACAGUUCAGAGGAUGGUUUAUCAUCAGUCAGUCGGAAAAUUUGUGCCAACGCUUUUUUAUCUCUCUUACAGCUGGCAUCGAAAGCUAACAUUGAUCUUCACAGUUUCCAUUCUGACACAUCUUUAAAAACUCUAGGCGGCGAUGAUAUCGUUAUCUAUGUUUAG